AUGAUUUUUGGGAUCAAAUCCACGAUUUGUGGCCACCAGUCGAGCCGUGAAAUGCCGGGCAUUGAUAGCUCGCGGUUCGUGUCGUUGACUGACUUUCUGGCCAAACACCUCAAGUGCUGUAUUUGUCUCAACGUGUUUGACAGAGCGGUGACCAACGACUGCGGCCACACGUAUUGCAGAGACUGUAUCGCCGAUUGGAUUGCCAGCGAUCGACACGACUGUCCGGAGUGUCGCCGACCGUUGGCCACACGGAAGCGCUCGCAAGAAAUGGCCACUCCUUCCGCGGCCGCCAACGACACGCAGACGCUGUUCAUUGCGCGCGGGUUUGUCCUCGAGUACAACCUUAAGAUCAAUUCAAUGAUCGGCGAAAUGCACAUCAAGUGCCGCCACGAGUCCACGGGUUGUCUCGAAGAGCUAGAGUUGGCGCUAAUGGCCGCUCACGAAGCCGUCUGCACGUAUCGCUUGUGUCCGGUGUGUGGACUCACACCCGUCGGACCGGUAGGUGAGGGUCACAACUGUCUGCGUCUAGUGAUGGCCGAUAGGGACGCGUUUAGAGAGCGCUCCAUAACCACUGACUGCGAGUACGUUAUGUUCGGCACAUUUCGGGGUAAGAGUCGGGCCGUAGAGAUGGACCCCUCGGGAGUGACGCUGCGAAUCGUACGCAUGAGUUGCCUAUCGCUGGCGAGUAGAGCCGUGAUUACCAUCAAAUGGCCGGACAUACGGCAACUGUUGUACUGUCUCGACCCCAUUCUACCCAUUAUAUUCAUACUGCCGUUGUUUGAGUCCAGUUUUGAGAUUAAGGAAUGGCUCGAUUCCGCUCACGAGGACAAUGACGGCGACGUGUUUGAUACCAUUUCCGACGACCCGAAGGUUCGGUACAUUAAGAUAAUGCUGACGUCAGGCGUCACCACAGAUAUGGUAAACCUAUUGAAGCGAUACAACGGUAGCGCUGAGUGCGAGUGUCGGCACAUCUCUCUGGACGGCGCCAAACGACUGCUACUCCGAUACCAGACCCGACGCCGAUGAGCGACCAUUCAUUCCCGU